CUUCUCCCUUGAAACAGAAACUCAUGUUCAUGUUAUUUCAUUUUCACCAACCUCACUGCACUCAACUUCUCCACCUAACCACCAUAGCUAGUGCCUUUAUAAAAUCUCUACACACAAGUCUAUCUUGAAGAACAAUUAAUAAUGGGUGUUGUUACUCAAGAAUAUGCUACCCCUGCUGCUGUGCCACCUGCUAGGCUAUUCAAAGCCAUGUCUUUAGAUAUUCACAAUCUCUUCCCUAAGAUUGUCGAACCCAUUCAAAGUAUUGAGUUCACUCAGGGAGAUGGAGGUGCUGGAACCAUCAAGAAGCUCACCAUCCUUGAAGGUGGGGAAAGCAAGUAUGUUCUUCACAGAGUGGAUGAAAUUGAUGCUGAAAAGUUUGUGUACAACUUCAGCAUAAUUGGGGGAACAGGGUUGGCUGAGACGUUGGAGAAGAUCCAAUUUGAGAGCCAAUUGGUGGAAACACCAAAUGGAGGGUCCCUUAGGAAGGUUCAUGUUCAGUUCUUCACAAAGGGUGAUGCUAAGAUGAGUGAACAAGACCUUAAGGCUUCUCAAGCCAAAGUGGAAGGCCUUGUUAAGCUUGUUGAGACUUUCCUUUUGGCUAAUCCUGAUUAUUAGCUUCCUUUUAUUUUCUGCAUGUCUUCUCAAAGGACUCCUAAAUAACGAAAUUGUUUGUUAAACAAAAUAAAUUAGUCAAAUAUAAUUAAAAUUUAUCUUA